GGUAGCGGUACUCGCGACCCUGGCGACCCGGCCACCGCCCGCACAUGCGCACUGCGCGCUACCCACCACACAAAUCACAAAAUGACGCCGCCGGACAACGCUACGUAAUAACUCGCUCAAAAUAUUCCAGACAAACCCACAAAAGUGAAAAUUAUAAAUCCAUUUACCACAAUCUUCGGAUAUUGUUUAACUAAAUCGUGCAGUACGCGAAUAGACACGCACGCACGCGCGCUUCUGUGUCAAAACAAACCAGUGCUUUUGCGAUGUAAACAUGAACGAACGUAAGAUCUUGCUUUUUAUAUUAGCCGUGAUCGUUUAUAGCAUCUACAGUGUUCAAAUGUGGUUUACGAAACGAAAUGUUGAAGCGAACGUUGUACUGCCCGAGAAGAUUGCUGAGCCUACUAUCACUUCUGAAGAACAUCAAAAAACUCCAGAAAUCCAGCCGCUCGCGUUAAAACCUGUUGUGAAACCAAAAGUCAUUCCACUAUUUAUAAAAGACGGGUGUAGCAUUUUCCAAGUGUUCACUGAAAAACCGAUCGUGACGAAACGCAAACAUAAACAUCAUGGUUUGAGCACUGAUAAUAACACCGUCACAGUUAUUGGCAUCACCGUAUUCCUCUUAGUGCUGUUGCUCAACGCUAUACUAGAUGUACUCAAAGUAAAGGAAGAAGAACGAGCAAGAAGGAAGCUCAACCCUGACGGAGAAAGAAGGCAAUCGUUAGCAGAAUUUGCUAAUAAAAAAACACUGCGAAGAGAAUCAAGCAAGUUUGGGCUGCAGCUUUUUCAAAUUGCCGAAUCUAUUGUGAAUACGGAAGAAGAAGAGAAGAAGAAUAGCAGUCGCCAAACUAGGCCAUAUAAAAGGGGAGAUUCUACUAAUUCGUACCUAAGCGAAACACACAGGAAAUCUCAGGAGGGUUCAGCCCCGGCGUCUAUCGCGGAGACCCCAGCAGGAGAUCCGAGACUCGUCAAAAGGCAAUCCGUAGCCAAGCUCUUUGGAGCUCGUCCAGUGCCGAUGGUGCGUCGUUCCUCAUUCCCUGCUCUGCCUCUCAACCCUGAGGUUCAGGCGCUGAUGUUGGGUCAUCGACAGACUUCAUUCGACAGUGAUGACGAGGGAGAUGGCAAAGGACGCCGUGUCAGAAUUAUACGUAGAUUCUAAGUUCUUUUAAACCCGUGAGAUAUCCAAAAAUAUGUGACUUGUAACUCAUUAUGAAUCUACUCAUUCAUGACGAGAUGUUUUCCCCCGGUUUCAACCGGGUCCCGUGGGAACUACUGCCCGUAUUGAGAUAAAAUAUUGCAUUAUGUUACUUGCAGAUAAUGUAGCUUACUAAUGGUAAAAGAAUUUUUAAAAUCGGUCAUGUAGUUUUUGAGUUUAUUAUUACAAACAAACAAUAUUUUUGUCUUUGUAAUAUUGGUAAAAUGAAAAUGUAACUAUUUAAGAUACAGAGCCCUACCUUAGCCAAUGUGAGCAUGACAAGUAUACAAUACCAUCUCGGUAUGAAAGUUUGUAUGAUUUUGAAUGAGGUAAUGUAUGUUGACGUAUUUUAUUCUAGUCUUUUUGCCAAUCGCCUAAUUUAUAGUUCAGUGAUUUCUAGAGUAUUUUUACGUACUUAUUAAUGUAAACAAAGUUGUAGUAAAUUGGUGAUUAUUUGUUAUUGAUGAUGAUAUUUUUUGUCACGCUGACAAUAAUUUAAUUAAGUUCACAAUAGGUGGCCGAAAUAGAUGCAGUUGUUAUUUUUUAGACAUGAGCAAUUCUUUAGUUUUUGAGUAAAAAAAUCAUAGAACAAAUAAUUAGAUCGUGAAUUAUAUUUACACAAUUAAAUAAUGUAUACAUACAUAUUAUUAGAUUUAACUUUAUCUUAAUCCCUAUCUGCACCAAAAUGUAAAUUGUGAUUAACCAAAAGUUUUAUAUAGUUUUAAGGAUUUUGGCAAAACAAUGAAAAUUGACUACGAAAUUUAAAAUUUUGCUUAAGAAAUUAUUAUUAUACCUAAUACGUAAAUAUUAGUGAAGCAGAGGAUUUAUAAUACUAGUCAAGAAUUCCAAAAAUAUAGCCUUAGUGGUGUGAACGUUGAUUCUUCUGUCGACUGAACCUAGACUUUAAAUUAUAGACUUAUCACUUAUUUCAAAGACUAUCAACACCUAUUCUAUUACUAGAAGUAAAAAAAAUCUCUAUACAAUGAUUAUCAUUUUGAUGAGAUUCUAUCAAACAAUUUCUUAAACUAGGAAACGUAGAUUAAAAUAGUGCAUCAUCGAAACUUAUCAUAAACUACCUCUUCUGUUGUGAAUGGUCUAAUUUUCACUCAUUCAUUGAAUACACUUGCCAGCAGUAAAUCUGAGUCAGGACAAAAUUAACCACCGAUUUUUUUUCUUCACAGGUCACUGCGUUUUAGGACUUAGUACAGUAUUUAUUAAUAGUAAUGUGACCAUGACCUACUCGGUUUUAAUGCUCGCAAGUGUACUAUAGGACAUUGAUGUAUCGCCUAAUAUCUAGCGAGUUGAAUGGAAUACAUCGUAGAAAAUUGCAAAAAAUAUAGAAAAGCGAAUGGAAAAAUGUAAGAGCUUUAAGAGUAACGAAAAAGUGAUUUAAAGAUUUUAGAGAGAAAUUGAAAAUGUAAGUAUAUGAAUGAAUAAAAAUGUCUAAAUCUUUUACAAUAAAAUCCAUGAUUUCGAAAGGUAUUUAUUCUGAAGUGAUGUGAUUCAUCUCAUUAAAUAUACUUCAAAGUCUGAUCUAUUUGUGCUGAAUGUGUGAUACUUGUGUAUGUACCUACCUAUUGAAUAGAUUAAUGGUCACCAUGUGACCUGUUUUGUAUAGCACCUUUUUAUUAAUAAUAUCAAAAUAUAAAUUACAAUUGAUGUAGUUUUUUCUUGAAAUAUAUGAAAAUUAUGAAUUUG